AUGGCCGGGGCGGGGCCGGCAGGCCGCGGGGCGUUCAUCGUGUUCGAGGGAUGCGACCGGUGCGGCAAGACCACCCAAUCGAAAAAGCUCGUCGCCGCUCUGCGGGAAAAUGGGGUGCUCGCAGAGUGGUGCAGCUUCCCUGACCGAAGCACUGGUGUGGGGCAGCUCAUCGAUUCGUACUUGGCGGGUGCGCAGAACUCUGAGGACGAUGUGAUCCACCUGCUGUUUGCGGCAAACCGCCUGGAGAAGAGGCAAGAGUUGAUCGUGAAGUUGCAGGGCGGCACAACGCUGGUGUGUGACCGUUAUGCCUAUUCUGGCGCAGCCUUUACAUUGGCAAAGGGCUCCCCUGGGCUGGACCUGGCCUGGUGCAAGAGCGUGGAACAUGGCUUGCUGCCAGCGCCCGAUGUCGUCUUCUUCCUGAAGGCUCCUGCAGAUGUGGCGGCAGGGAGGGGGGGCUUUGGGAAUGAGAGGUAUGAGGUGCUCGAAUUCCAGAAGAAGGUUGCUGACUGGUAUAUGCGGUUAAGCAAAACGGAAGGCUGGACUGAACUAGACGCAACGAAGUCAAUAGAUGCCGUCCACGAGGAG